AUGUUUUCAAAUGCGUCGCCGAGGCGAGCCCUGGGCCUGCUCCGGUGUGAGGCGACCGGAAAAAGCCUCGCCGGAUCAAACUUAGACGUGCUGCUGGAAAAGCGGUCGCCUAGGCGACGGAGCGUCGCUUUUUGCAGAUGCGGCGCCUCAGGCGGGAGCUGAAGGAAGAAGAAGACGCAGGAAAUUUUUUUUUUCUGUUUCUUUCGGUCAAAACGACAUCGUUUUGACUUUUUUGUUUUGUUUUUGCUUUUGCCCCCAAUACGUUGUCGUUUGCUUGUAGGUCUCUUUAACCUCAGAAAUCAAAACGCAGUCGACAUCUUUUAGAAUGAUAAGCGCCGCUGCUAUGUCUACAAGAAGGGAACAAAUGCUAUGAUGAAUUGUUCUUUCCAAGCUUCUGCAAUGAUGAAAGUAAAAAAGGGCUUUUCAGUUUCCACCACCAGAUAAGAAAGUGGAUAAAACCAUGAGUGAGAAAGGAGAAGAUGGAAGAGACAAAGCAUGGAAGUACACAAAAAAAUUGGAAGGGGAGAAAUACUUUAGAUGUGUAUUUUGUAAUCAAGUAUGCAGUGGCACUAUAUCUAGACUUAAGCAUCAUUUAGCAGGUGUUGCAGGUGGUAUGAAAGCAUGUAGUAAAGUCCCUGCAGAUGUGAAGAAAGAGUACCAUUUACUUUUGAAAGUAUUUAAAGAUGAUAAAAAUGAGAGAAGUAUUAUGCUACGUGAGAUUGGGGUAGGAGUUGGUGGAGGAAGUAGUAAUUUUGAUUCUCAUUAAGUGAAGAAUGUGGGAGUAACCUAAGUAGUACUACAACUCAACCAAAAACUAUAGGACCACUUGAUAGAUUUCUGUCUUUGGAGCCUAGGCAAACCGUAUUGAAUGAGGCUUACAAAAAAGAAUUAAGGAAAGAAGUUUGUCGGAUGGUUGGGCAUUUUAUGUUUUCUAGAGUGCUUCCUUUCAAUACGGUUAAUGAUCCGUUUUGGUUAGCUAUGGUAGAGGGAAUUGCUAAGUAUGGUGUAGGGUUCAAGCCCCCUUCUAUGCAUGAAUUAAGAACUUGGAUCCUUAGGGAAGAAGUUGAAGACAUUGAUAAGUAUUUGUUAGUCCAUAAAAAAGCUUGGGAAACAUAUGGAUGUUCCAUUAUGUCGGAUGGUUGGACCGAUGGAAAAGGUAGGGUGCUAAUUAAUUUUCUUGUGAAUAGUCAUGUAGGUACUUUUUUUUUGAAGUCCAUUGAUGCUUCCGGUAGCAUAAAAAAUGGGUCUUUGAUGUUAAAGUACUUAGAUGAUGUGGUGAGAGAAGUAGGGGAAGAGAAUGUGGUUCAAAUUAUCACCGAUAAUGCAUCCAAUUAUAAGAAUGUUGGGAUUAGGCUUAUGCAAAGAAGAGAAAGGUUGUGGUGGACUCCAUGUGCAGCUCAUUGUAUUGAUCUUAUGCUUGUAGUUAUUAGCAAAAUAACGUUGUUUGAGAAAACAAUUAAAAGUGCUAGGCAAGUGGUCAAGUUUAUCUAUGGUCACACAUGGGUUCUUUCUCUCAUGAGAGAAUUCACAAGCAAUAAGGAGAUUAUUCGUCCGGCUGUCACCCGUUUUGCAACUUCCUUUCUCACCCUUCAAAGUAUCUAUAAGCAGAAGCAGCCUCUGCAAAUGAUGUUUAACAGUAAGAAGUGGAUUGAUGGCCCUUUUGUUAAAAGCCAUGAAGCUAUACAGGUUCGUGCAAUUGUUCUUUUUCAGAAGAAUUUUUGGAGUGAUAUUGCAUUUUGUGUCAAGGGUGUGUUGCCAUUAGUGUGUGUAUUGAGGGAGGUUGAUUCUGAGGUAAGACCUGCUAUGGGCUAUAUAUAUGAAUUGAUGGAUGCUGCCAAAGAGAAAAUUGCAUUUAGUUUGAGGAGGAACCCAAGACAUUAUCAGCCAAUCUGGAAUAAAAUUGAUGCAAGGUGGACUCCCCAACUCCAUCAACCUUUACAUGCUGCUGGAUACUAUCUAAACCCUCAAUUUCAUUAUGAAGAGAGCUUCUCAAAUGUUUUGGAAGUGAAGAAGGGAUUGCAUGAAUGUAUGGAUCGGAUGAUGCUGUUUGAUGAGCGCUUAAAAGCUGAUAUGCAAUUAGAGAUGUUUGACAAAUGCAUGGGAGAGUUUGGAACUAAGCUUGCAAUGCAUUCUAGAAAGAUAAGGAGUCCAGGAAGUUGGUGGGAGCGUUUUGGAGAGGAAACGCCUGAAUUGACGAAGUUUGCUGUUCGUGUCCUUAGCCUAACCUGUAGUGCAUCAGGAUGUGAGAGGAAUUGGAGCACAUUUGAGUCGAUUCACACAAAAAAAAGGAAUAGACUUGAACAUAAAAGGCUAAAUGCAUUGGUUUAUGUGAAGUAUAACUCUUUACUAAGAGAGCGAAACAUUAGAAGAAAUGCAAAGAAGCUUGAUCCUAUAUUGAUGGAAGAAAUUGAUUCUGAUGAUGAAUGGAUUUCGGAGGUGGAAGAACCUGUUCUUCCGGGUGAUAUUUCUUGGCUUGAAGAGGAUCUAUUUGAGGUCGAUGCUAUAAGGAAUGUGCCAAUUGAAUGUUAUGAACAAGGUUUGUUAACUAGAGUGCCUAUUCAAGUGGAGCCACAAGAGGACCCAAUCUUGGAUGAUGAUUUAGGAUUUGAUGGUCACGAUCUUCAUGCUUCUCACUCAACUUCUCCUAAAAGAAAAAAUGAUGAAAGCUCAAGUAAGGUAAGAUCCAAGCAGAAAAUGAGAAAACUUGCUGCAUUACUUAUGGAUGAAGAUGAUGAGAUAGAAGACCUUACUUUGCCUCCCUACACUCAUGCAGCAUUGAUCAAUGAUGAUUGUAAUGAUAUUAAUGUGGGUGUGGAUGGAUAUGAUGACUAUGAUUUGGAAGAAUGAAGUGCAGUUGUUAUUUUUGAAUUAAUAUAGUAUGAACCUAUGUAUUAUUGAAUUUAAAGUUAUGAGAAUGCUUAUUUUGGAAUCGUAUUUAAAUAUAUUCAUAUUAUUUA